GAACAGAGGGAUGGAGAGACAUUCAGAAGGGAGAGCCUGAUACGGCACCGCUGAACCCAGCAUAUAGGAGAGAGGGAGGGGCCAGAGGGGGCGGAGGGAGCAGCUGGGCCAGGGUGCAGCGCUGGUUGCGGCUCCCGCUGGUCAAUCUCAUCCCGGAGCUUGUCCUGGGGCUGGGAAGAGACGCCUGUUUGGGAGAACCUGUGCCUUUGCGGCCAGACCUCUGGGAGAGGAAUGGAAUAAGUGGGAGGUGGAGAAGAGGGAGGGGAGGAGAGGGAGAGAAGGUGAAGGACGAUUCUAAAGGAAAGCAAAAGGGAGCAGCGGCUGCACUUCCACUGAGGCUGGAACGGGAGCGAGCAUAGUGCAGGCAUAAAUGAAGAGUGGUUUUCACAUGAAAUAAAAAAGCACUUGAUCAUAGAAGAAUAUUGCAAGCACCAUUUUUAACCUAAAAAAUAUCAGGGAAAAAGUAUGAAAGAGCAAUCUGAUUGAUCCUCAAACCUGGAAACCACCAUUUCCACUAAAAGACACAGAAUGGCCCCCCAUCAAACCUUCACCACCAGAUUUCUUGAAGAAUGGUGCUUGGAUAAAUCAUUAUCUGGCUGCAGGAAGCACCAGAAUGUCUGGAAAAAACUGAGACAAAUACGCAUUAUAGGGCUCUUCAUGGGCAUAAUGGCCAUUUGCACGUUCUCACUUUCAACUAGUGCCUUUUUCAAGAUAGAGACACACAGCACAGAUCGGGCCAACAGUUUAGGUCAUCCCGAAUUACCAUCUGGAUACCAUCAAAGAACUCUGUUAGAUUUUAAGGAGAAGGUUCAGGAUGGUACCCCAGAACCGCUUCCUACAGAAUACGAAAAUGCAACUGACCAUCCUCAAGGAGACUAUCCAAGAGACCUCUUUUCCCUUCAGGAGCGAAGAAGAGGCGCAAUAAUUCUUCAUGUCCUUGGAAUGAUCUACAUGUUCAUUGCCUUAGCCAUAGUCUGUGAUGAAUUCUUUGUUCCUUCUCUGACUGUCAUCACUGAAAAGUUGGCCAUUUCUGAUGAUGUAGCUGGGGCAACCUUCAUGGCUGCUGGGGGCUCAGCUCCAGAACUUUUCACAUCUCUGAUAGGAGUCUUCAUAGCUCAUAGCAAUGUUGGCAUUGGCACAAUAGUAGGCUCAGCAGUAUUCAAUAUCCUGUUCGUGAUUGGGAUGUGCGCAUUGUUUUCAAGAGAGAUCCUCAACCUCACCUGGUGGCCACUCUUUAGGGAUGUCUCCUUUUAUAUCGUUGACUUGAUCAUGCUUAUCAUUUUUUUUCUGGAUAAUCUCAUCACAUGGUGGGAGAGCCUGUUGCUGUUGUCAGCUUAUGUUUUCUACGUGACUUUCAUGAAAUUCAACGUUCAGGUGGAAGCAUGGGUGAAGCAGCUGCUAAAUAGAAACAAAGUUGUGAAAGUAACUGCAGCUACAGCAGCAGCAGCGACAGCAGAGAAUGAUGCAAAGUCAUCUACUGCCAAGGACAAGGAUGAACAAAAUCUAACGACUAAGCCACGGCUCCAGCGAGGUGGUAGCUCUGCUUCUCUGCAUAAUAGUCUGAUGAGGAACAGCAUCUUCCAGCUCAUGAUUCAUACCCUUGACCCACUUGCUGAAGAGCUUGGAUCAUAUGGAAAACUAAAAUAUUAUGACACAAUGACUGAGGAAGGACGCUUCAGAGAAAAGGCUUCAAUACUUCAUAAGAUUGCCAAGAAGAAGUGCCAGGUGGAUGAUAAUGAAAGGCAUAAUGGGACUGCCAACCAUGUGGAAAAAAUAGAGCUCCCAAACAGUACAAGUGUUGAAGUGGAAGUAACACCACCCAAUGAAGGUUCAGGACCUGUGCAAAAUGGAAAUCUCUCCCAUGGCAUUGAAUCGACAGAAGUACAGGCUUCAGAUACUGGUGAAGAUGAAGAUGACCAGCCACUCAGCUUGUCCUGGCCGACCAAUACCCGCAAACAGAUCACCUUUCUGAUUGUUCUUCCCAUCGUGUUUCCAUUAUGGAUCACCCUUCCUGAUGUCCGAAAACCUUCCUCAAGGAAGUUUUUUCCCAUCACGUUCUUUGGAGCCAUCACCUGGAUAGCCAUUUUCUCUUACUUGAUGGUCUGGUGGGCACAUCAGGUUGGCGAAACCAUUGGUAUUAGUGAAGAAAUUAUGGGCCUCACCAUCUUGGCUGCUGGGACUUCUAUCCCUGACCUCAUUACCAGUGUCAUAGUGGCUCGGAAAGGACUUGGAGAUAUGGCAGUGUCCAGCUCUGUUGGGAGCAAUAUCUUUGACAUCACGGUGGGACUGCCACUGCCCUGGCUCUUAUAUACUGCUAUUCACAGAUUCAAACCAGUGACAGUCAGCAGCAAUGGUCUCUUCUGUGCCAUCGUUCUCCUCUUCAUCAUGCUACUCUUCGUCAUCAUCUCCAUCGCUCUCUGCAAAUGGAGGAUGAACAAAAUCCUGGGAUUUACCAUGUUUGGCCUGUACUUUGGAUUCCUGGUAGUCAGUGUCCUCCUAGAGGACAGAAUUAUCAUGUGCCCCAUCUCCAUAUAGCUGGAAAAGCCAUUUCUUAAAUAAAUAAUUGAGACAGCAAUGGAUGGUCCCCAAUCCCUAUCCUCUCUCAGCCUGGGUCCUCUAAACCCCCUGAAGAAGAGGUAGCUAGCAAACAACCCUCUAUUUUUGUAAAGCUUAUCUCCUUGGCUUAAGGAGGGAUGGAUUCCAAGUUCACUUCAUGUGCUGCUGCCUCUGAAUGACUGUCACAGCCACGCAGAAGACACAAGGGCAGUCAUUUGUGGCUUUUCUCUGCUUGCCACUGACAGGUCGUACUCCUCGCUGGUCGGAGGUACAUAAUGCUAUAACAACAUGAGCUAUAAUGUCAGCUAUAUGUAUACAUAUAUACAUAUAUAUACAUAUACCAACCACCUAUUUCUAUGUAUUGCACUUCUCUUUCCAUACAUAUAUUAAUAUAUGCUUAUACACACACGAAGAAAGAAGAACUAUAUAUACGUAUAAAUAUGUAUCAUUUCAGGGAUAGCUCUAGUAUCUGUUUAGUACCUAUUUGAGGAGGGGUACCAACGUUCAGGCUGGCCUUGUUGGAAAGUGUCAUCUAGUGGAAUUAGGGUUGGGCAAGGGAAAGAUUGCCUGAGCAUCUCUCCUGGAACCUACAUCCAAGUUGGGCUUGCACAGACUCUUGAAAUGGAAAGGUUUUAGAAACUAUUAGCAUCGCUUACUAGAGAGGACUGGUGUUGUAUUUCAUAAAGACUGCACCACCCUGUAGGUGCACCCAAAUGCUCCUACAAACUGUACUGAGAAGCCAGAGAAUAGCCAGUCUGCAUGUGCAGUGACAGCUCGGAACCCACAAGGUUCCUCAGGCCACUUAGCUAUAAAACCCAAACCAACAUUUUGGAGAGGGGAAUGAAAAGGAAGGUUCUCCUCCUAUCUCUCCAGCAUGCAAGUAGACUAUAUGACUGCUAAAUCAAUUAGCUUUAUUCCUAAAACAGCAAGACUAUAUAAACUGUACCCUUGUCAUUCUAACGGUCCUGCCAUCCUUAUCAUUAUGAAAAGAAGAAUGAUAUUUGAGCUAUGGUUGUUAUCUGCAUCACUUUUCCAGUAACAUCCGAUCCCAACCUAGUUUGAAAAAAGUUUAGCUUUAUGCAAUGGAUUACUAUCUGGAGAGAAGAUGUCUUUGGGCACAUAGUUCUUUUUAAAAUCCUUUCGGUGUGAUGAGAGAUGAUCUUAGUGCCCAGAAAAGUCAUUAGCCCUAUCAGAGAUGUAAUCAGGAGAUAUGCUCGUCAGGACUAGGCUGAGCUAGACUCAAGAAAAUAGUGUAGAGGCUUAGCAUUCUACAGUGAGGUUUCUUUCUGACCUCUGAGUUACUCUGUGCUGGGCUAACUGUAGGGCUUGUUUCAGAUCAGUAUUUGGGUAAAGGUCAUGCAUGUCACCGUUUCUGCAUUUUCCGCCAUCCAAGCAGCCUUCAGGUAUACUGCUGGCAUGUAUCCUGCUUGUAGGGGAGAUAGAUUGCUAAGGGCUACACAUGACAAUUUUUCCAUGCUGUUUUCAGAGCUGAUUGCAAUGAGGCUCUUGUCACAUGGAUUUUCUCAAUGUCACACAGACAAUCCAUCAUAUUUCAUUUAGUACUCUCCAUCUCUAAUUUAUUCCGUGUGUGAUUCUGCAUCUCUAUAUAGGAGCAGAGAGGAAAGCUGACCCUCUCCUUCCCCCGACCUUUCCCCCAAAAAAAAGAGAAUUGGCAAACAAGGAAAGCAAGUGUUUGAUUUCUUCAGAAUUGUAAUUGCAACAAAAGAAAUAAAAAAAUCUGAAUUCAGGGUGCCCCAAUAUUCUUUAUUCAUCUUAUUGGACCUCUCUGUUGAUAUAGAUCAUGCUAUAUAGAUCAUAUCACACAAUUGGGGAAUCACAUAUCCAUUAAUCUUCAUUAUGUUGUGUCACUGGUAUCAUCGGUUAUUUUAAUAUAGGCAGGUAUAGAAAUGCAUGUACAUGAUCACAGAGAGAGAUGGUAAUAAGACCUACUGAUAAGAAAGAGGAGAGAAGGGCCACCAAUCUCAAGCCAAUCAGUACUCCAUAGUAACUGUGGAGUAUCCAGCCCCUCACUGACAGACGGUUCCUAACAAAACUAUUACACAAACAUACACACACACACACACACACACACACACACACAUUCCCAAAAUAAAUCAUUUAUAGCUGAAUUGGGGGGGUAGGGUAGUAAGAGGUGUACACAGAAGAAAGGCUGAUCAUCUAGACAUAUGACUUAAUCAGUGGAACUCCUCAUGUGGAAACACCCUCCACUAAUUCAGGUCAACAACUUGUUUGUAAUUUAAAGUCUUACCAACUUACCUGGAACAUUUAGAGUCUGUUAUUUCUUUAUAGUCACAAAGCUAGUAUAUGUCCCAGAUAGGUCUUGAACUCAUAACAUCCUGACCCCUUACUGGCCUUCUAUCCACUAUGCCGCACUGUGUCCUGGGUUCAUAUAUUUUGGGGUUCAUAUAUAAAUGUGCACUCUUUCUGUAUGCCAUACAACUAUACACAAGCAUUCUCUUCUUGUUCUUUCACCCCAUUCUACUGGGCCUCAUUGGUGGGAUUUGAUUACCUCUGGUCAUACAGUUCAGGAAGCCUUAAAUGUGAUAGUGAAUUGUUUGUUUUUACCCCUCAGAAUAUCCAAUCCCUUACAGUUUCUAUUUUAUUGGAUCUUUUGGAAAAAUCAUUAUUUAGAUGAUUGAUUAAUUUUUCCAUGAAUGGCAGCUUUCUUCCAAAGAUUAGAGGGGACUUUAAUGCUUGCAAAGUACUUUAUAAGUAUUAUCUCAUUUAAUCCUCUCAACAACACUGGAAGGUAGGUGCUAUUGUCACCAUUUUAUAAAUGAGGAAACUGAAACAGACAGAGGUUAAGUGACAUGCCCAUGGUUACAUAACUAAUAAGUGUCCGAGGCUGGAUUUGAACUCAGGUCUUCCUGACAGCACAUCCAGUGCUCUCUCCAACUGUACCACCUAGCUGCCCCCUCAGAAACUCCAUGCUUUGGUUCCCUCUUGAUUACCACUUUCUAAUUCACCCAACCACCUUCUAUCAUUCAAGAUUAUAGAUUUACAAGCAGAAGGGACCUUGGAAAACAAUUAGCUUAAUCCCCUCAUUUUUUCAUCUAAGGGAACUGAGGUCCAGGGACAUGAAGUGACUCACCAAAGGUCACAGAGGUAAGAAGGCAAUAGAUGGAGGUGGUACUUGGACCACUGGUCUCUGACUCUACAGACAAGGCUCCUUCCAUUGUAUUAGCAACUCAUCAUUGGAACCUAACCCAGGCAACCUCCUACCUCUUAUUCCCCUGGUUUAUUCCCUUCUCCCACAUGUUCUUUCUUCAGCUUAGCCCUAUCUCUACACAAGAGCUUCCUAGAGUGAUGUCCCAGAGCCUUGACUUUGCUCUCUGGUUCAGGCAGAGAACUGUCAUGUGUUUGCUUUCUUCAGACCCCAUCCUCUAAGUGUUGAAAAUAGUUGGAUGGAGGCAGCUAGGUGGCGCAGUGGAUAAAGCACUGGCCCUGGAUUCAGGAGGUCCUAAAUUCAAAUCCGACCUCAGACACUUGACACUUACUAGCUGUGUGACCUUGGGCAAGUCACUUAACCCUCAUUGCUCCCACCCAAAAAAAGAAAAGAAAAAGAAAAUAGUUGGAUGGGGGAAGGAGACAAGUAUCAAAAUUGAAAUGGAGUCUGCAAUAAGAAAUGUAACAAGGCAAUAGCUAGACAGAUGCUUAAGAGAAAAAAACAAGAGCCAUGAAUCCAUCCCCUUUAAUCUAUCUAUCAGUAUAUGCACCUGUCUGCCUGUGAAUCUUUGUAUGUUUCCCAUUGACCCUAUGGCCUGCAUAGACACUGUAAAGUAUGACUAACAUACAAAAUACUCUCUACACAUUCACAUUUUUCAUUUCCCUGCCACCAAUGGCAGUUGUAACUGUACAGAAAAGGGCUGGCAAUCAUCGAGAAAUUCCAGAGGAGGCCAGUAGGCAUGCCUAUAUUGUUACAGACAAGCAUGUAUAUUUAUGCCAUCUCCAAGUCCUGUGUUCACUGUUGAAUUUAAUGACCACAUUCUAUAUCAUAAGGAGAAUAGCUAUAUAAUUACUAGCCUCAAUUCCAUAAAGAUCCAGUUUUAGCCACUCCUUAUUUCAGGUUGAACUUGUUUAAUAGCCAUUCCAUUGGAGUUGGGAGGUAGGGACAGGGACCAUAUUGCUACUUUAGAGACAAAAAAAUGAUCAUAGCAAUUGAGUAAGAAACUAUUUUCAUAGAGAACAAUGCUGAGCCAUCAGGUGUAUAUCUUGAUCUCUGGCAACUCUUGUGAAAGCAGCUGCUCAUUUAACUAAAGUAGGAAGUGGGUUAGACUAAUGAAUCAAUUGAUUAGAAAACCUGGACAGAUUUAGGGAAUAAAAAGAAAUUGCCAUGACUGAUUGUAAGUCUGCAUAAAUGGAUAGAAUUUUAAUUUCUAUGCUCUAAGCCUAUUUCUGCCCUAUGAGCAGCUAAGGAAACUGAAGGCCCAGCUCUUCUCAUGACUAAGCCAAAGAGAGCUUUGACAUAUGCAUGAGAUCCUAUUUUUUUUUCAGAAAUCACAAAGGAAAUGAUGAAUGUGUUGAAUAAAAUAUAUUCACUGAACAUUGGGAGCAGUUGGUAUUUCAUUUAGUCUGCAUGCCCUGUGUGCAUGAAUUUCUCCUGAAAAUGCCCAGGAGGGCCAACCAUGCAUGGAAUAGGAGAAAUCACCCGCUCAAGAUUUGGCAUAUCAUUCUUGCUAUGUGUAUAAUAUUUUGAUAUAACCUGUUGUUUUCAUAGGCUCAACUCAAAGGUCAAAUAGUAGCAACCUCAGAGGUCAUCUAGUCUAACACUAUAAUUUCAGUGCAAGACCACUCCAAAAUCAAGCCAAGCCAAGCCAGACAUAUCCUUUUCAAAAAGACUCCCAACAAGAAAAUUCUACAGCCUCUCCCAAAUUCUGGGACCAGAAAAAUUGCCCUUAAACCCAAGUUAAAUACUUCAUGCCACAGCCCAAAUCUAUUUGUCCACAUUUUGCCCUGAGAAGUAAUGAAGAAUAGUGAUGCAAUUUUCUAUAAUUGCCCUGAAUUAUUUUUUUAAAAGGUCAGAAUUAAAUCACUCUUCAGCCCCCCUUCCUCCAUGUUUAAUCCUCCCAGCUUUAUUCCUGAGUCUAAACCUAGGAUAAAGAAAUUAUGUACCCUUAUAUUAGAUUUGAAAAUUACAUACCACCACUCCUCUACUAUGUGAGCUUUCUCUAUCAAGCAUUCAACUUGAUAUAUCACGAAAUAAAUUCCUAUAAGCAUUAGAGAGUAGAAUGGUGGGGAGAUUAAAAGACAUGUUUCAGUUCAGACAUUUUAAAAUACCCCUUAUUGCACAUUAGCUUUCUACUUUGCCUAAUUAGUCCUGGCUCUGUCUAGGCCUUUUUUCUCUUUAUCAAUCUCUUAACCAUUUUAUGGUUUUCCUCUAGACUUUUCAAAAUUCUCCAUACUUCAGUACUGAUCCAUUGUUUCAGAAAAAUUACACUUGAUUCCCAUUAUUACUAUUAUAGUGCCCAGCACAGCGGGGGCCUUGCUUGUAGAGUAGAAUAAAUGUCUGUGGAAUUGAAUUGAAGUGAUUGAAUUAGAUUGUUGUGGAACCUCUCUAAAACAAAAUUCAAAAUAAGGUGGGGCAUGUUGGACCUCAUCUGAUACAGUUCAGUUGAGAAAAUGCCAAUAUAACCUUGUUGUGUGUCAAAUGUAAGAGGUACUCAGAAAACAUUUGUUAAUUUGCUUUGCAAAUUAAUUUCCAUGGCAUUAACUCUGAGAGUACCAUGGUAGUAAAACUCAAGGCUAGUCAAAAUAACAGGAAUUUCCAUUCAUUCAAUUAAUAUUUGUUGAGUUCCUACUUGGCAGAUGCUUACAUACAUACAAAAUUUUAUAAAUCAGAGGAUGCACUGAAGGAAGACUGGAACCCCACAUUCUGGGACUCCACAUGAUGCUUCAGGGGCAGUUCAGCUUUGCCAUUUCAACAACAAGCAAGAAAACAAGGAAGACUGUUUGCAUUCAAUCUUAUCAUUUUUUUCAAUAGAAUCUGUUGCUUUCUUAAGUUGAACUCAAAGGUCAGACAGUAGUAAAUGCAGAGGUCAUCUAAUCUAUUGCUAUAAUUUCAGGGCAUUAAUUUCAGAGUUUGCAUGAUGCCUCUCUUGGGGUAGGUUUGGUAUGAAUUAUAAGCUGGUUGAUGAGGAUGGGGAACAGAGAAUAGAAAAUAGCUCUUGGGUCAACAGAGAAUUAGCAAGUGGUUCUUGCAUUCUGCCAUAUUAUUAUGAUUUUUUAAUUAAAAUUUUGUAACAAGGCUUUACAUUGACAUUUCAAUAAAAACUAUCCACAAAUGUAAAGCAGGAUACUAUACUUUUAAUGAUGUAAUGAAAAGAGAAUGGGAGGGGAGGAAGAUCAAAUCUCCCAACACUCUAAUUCUAUGGAUAUUAAAAAAUAUACACAUAUAUAUUGCUAUAUGGGUUUUGGGUAGGCAACCCUAUUCCAUAUAAUUUGGAUAAAUCCUAAAUUCUUUCCAUUAUUAGAUGAAAUCAGAAGAAUAUAAAUACCUUUGAGGUUUUUUUAAUUAUUUGUAAUAUUGAACUUUAUAUUACUCCAUGAGACAUAGCUGUCUUAAUUGAAGCCAUAAAAUAACAAUAAUUCAAAUAUUCAGGUGUUUUGAAUGUAGGUAUUCAACUAAUAAUUCAUUAGUCACUUGUUUCAUAGUAAUCAUUGUAAAUUAAAAUGUGUCUUUUUUUAAAUACUUUUAACUGUUGUAUAAGGGCAAUCCUACUUUCCUACCAAUAGAAUUAAACAUGUCCCACUUUCAGAGAACUCUAAAUGAAAAUAAACUUAUGAAACAGAAAAAUCAGAUAUGAUUCUUCACUUUACCAAAGCAUUUUUAAUUUUUACAAAAGAAAUUAUUACUCAUUUCCUUUAAAUGGCACACUCUCUUAGUGCAUUUGAAAUUUUUCAAUUUAAAAAAAAUGCAACUUAACCCAUUUCAAGCAAGGUAUAUGACUAUGAGUAGAAGAAUGGAUAAAUUAGCAAACAUAUAUUAAAAUGUCAAAAGUUCUAUAACUACAUCAGUAGGAGUUUUCUCUCCAUUGAUGUUGCUCAUACCCCUUCCAUGCCUUAGAGAAGUUCUUUCUGAGCUACUGUGGCCAAAAUAAUAAUACUAGUUGUUAUUAUUAUUAUUAUCUGGUAACCAGUGCUUUGGUGAUGAACCUCUCCAAUCUUAACUAAACUGGUCCUCCAACUACAGAAACAGGAUCCAUCACCCAGCCCAUACUUAAAGCCUUUCCAGUUUGGUUAUAGAAACUGUCAAAUCUUAUGUUUCAUUGGCAUGGUCUUCAAGAACCCAGUUCACCCCCAUGCCAAGAUGAGGCAUCAGAUGGGACUUCUGCCACGGAAAUUUAAAGUAAUAAAUAAAUGUGUCCAUAUAGUCAUGUAGUUUAAACCUAAAAAGUUCCUUUAUUUAAAAUGGCAAAUAGUGAUUUCUGAUGUCUCUUGGUGUCUAAGAUUAGUUGGGCAUUGUCUAAGUAGGAUAGUGGGUAAAGUAUAGAACUUGGAAGCAGAAAGACCUGAGUUUGAACCCUGCCUCAGAUAUUUACAAGCUGUGUGACCCUAGUCAAGACACUUAAAUUCACUCAGCCUCAGUUUCCUCAACUAUGAGAUGGGGAUAAUAAUGGUGUCUACCUCACAAGGUUGCUGUGAGGCUCAAAUAAGAUUUUAUAUGUAUAUAUAUUUUUUGCAAACCUCUAAAAAUGCUACAUAAAUAUUAGCUAUUAUAUAUGGACCUUGUUUAUGUGAACCUGAUUAAAAACAGAUUUCUAAGAAAAUAUACUACUGACUUCCCCCUGAAUGCUAUAGUAUCUGGCCCGGUGUAUGGUGGGCUGCAUUGAACAAAAUUAAUUCCAAGUGAUAAUAGUAUUAAAAGACCAUCCUCCCACUCACACACAAUCCAGAUACAUACACACCCCACAUUUUCCCAACAAAGCAAAAGGUAUUUUGUGUUAACCAAAAAUACUCAUUUCACAGAAACAUAGAAUUGGAUUUGGAAGAGAUUUCAACUAGGAUCUAUUCUAAUCCAAUGAAUUCCCUAAAGGAAUGCCCACUCUGUAAUAUUCCCAAUAAAAGAUCAUGCCACUGGGGCAGCUAGGUGGUGUAGUGGAUAGACCACCAGCCCUGGAGUCAGGAGUAUCUUAGUUCAAAUCCGGCCUGAGACACUUAACACUUACUAGCUGUGUGACCCUGGGCAAGUCACUUAACCCCAAUUGCCUCACUGAAAAAAAAAAAAAAAACAUCAUGCCACCUUCACUUUAAAACCUCCAGAGAGGGAAUCCACAUCCUGUCUAGGCAGCCCAUUGAACUUUUGGAUGCUGUGAAUUGUUAUUCCUGACAUUGAGCCCAAAUUUGCAUCUUUUAAGUUUCCACCCAUUAUUCCUGGUUCUGCCCUUUGAGGCCAGUAGAAACCUACCUCAUUACAUCUUUUUUAUAUGAUUCUUUAGUAAAAAUCCCUAUAUAAAUUGGCCUCGUUUUCCAGAGUUGUCUACCACAACUCAGGGUGGAAAUCCCUCCAUUUCUGAGUUAAAACCAGAGGUAAAUAUGACUAAAUAGUUCCUUCCUGUUUAAAUGUUUACAUUAAUUGAAGAGUUGGGUUCAUUCAAAAGAUGAGAAGAGGUAGAUGAGAAAUAUUUUAACCAACCAUUUCCUUCUAUUGAGAGUCAUCUUAUAGUAUGAAGAACAACCCUGUCUUGGGCAGGAAAACCCUUCAACUAUCAGUAUCUGUCUCCCAAUUGUACCCUGUAUACAAGCCCAAGAUGUGUAUAAAAAGUUAAGGCUGAUUAUUAUUCCUACUACUAGACAUAAAACUUUCAGGAUCAAACCACCUUGUUUCUUUUUUGUUUGUUUUAUUUUAUUUUUAUUUAUUUUGUUAUAUAUUUCCCAAUUACAUUUAAAUCUAGUUAUGGAGGUCACUCAGGAAUGUCGCUUGUGUUUAACAACUCUGCUGCAGUCAGCCACUAGAUACUUCCUCGUUGGUAGACUCAGAAGAUCUGCAGUGGAGUCCUAAUGAACUAUUUGGUCUUAUGACCUGGGCAAAACAUUUAACUUUUCUCUGCCUCAUUUUCUUUAUCAGUUGGUUUCCACCUUGUUUCUUUUUUUCUUUUCUUUCUUUUUACUUUCUUUUUUUUUUUUUUGGCAGGGUAAUGAGGGUUAAGUGACUUGCCCAGGGUCACACAGCUAGUAAGUGUCAAGUGGCUGAGGUCGGAUUUGAACUCAGGUCCUCCUGAAUCUAGGGCCAGUGCUUUAUCCAUUGUGCCACCUAGAUGCCCCCCACCUUGUUUCUUAAAGUAGCCACCCCUCUCAAAUAGUGACCAGAAACAAAGGAAUCAAAAAGCACCUUCCUGCUUCACAGGUUUUCUUAAAUGCAAGGUAGGAGAAUGCUAGCUGGUUCUCCAUGCAGAAAGUAUGGUAUUAAUUGAAAAAAAUAACUUUUUUUUAAAAAGAAAGAAAGUAUGCAUUCAGACCAGAUCUGAAAAGGAGGUGUUAUCUGGACCUGUUAUUUUAUAGCUAUGGGGAAACUCUUGAGGUGAAAACUCUCUCCAUUGAUGCAAAUCAGUAACCUGACCAUAACUCAUGGUCUUAGAGAUUUGCAUGGAGACUAAGAGGUUGACUGACUUGAUCAUGAUCACAUGAGUGACUUGAAAGCAGGUCUUCCUGACUCCAUAGCUGACCCUUUAGCCACUAUUCCACACUGCUCAGGUUCAUUGGCCUGAAACAAACAAAUUUUCUGGUUGUUUGGCUAGCUUAGGGUGCAUUAGGAAUUGCAAGUUGCCAUUUUUAUAAAGGUCCUUUUUUUUCUCACAGGUAUAAGUCUUCAUAUGCUUUUAUUUUUUUAAGAUUUUAAUCUGCCUUUCCCCCUCAAGUGACAGUUCUUGUCAUCAGCCAGUUGAUAAAAUCAAUUUGAGGCAGUUUAAUUUAUGUUCCUUGCCUACAUGUUAGCAUUGAUCAUUAUUCACUGGAAGAUAAUCUAUGUCAAAACCACUUUUAUUCUUUUAUUCUCUACAAAAAUGAAUCUGUACAUAGGAUGAAAGCUAUACUCAUUUGUACAUAGGCCACUUGAGAUUCUGUGUUUCUGUCUCAUGUUUCACUCCAAUACAGGGAAUUUCACUGUGUUCCUGUUGUAUUUUUCACACUAAUGUUUCACCCCCUGCCCCAUGUGUUACUACUCCUGAUGAUUAUUUGCUCAUACACAGGUCAAUUUAUGCAACUAAGUCUUCUAAAUGUGAAGUAAUAAUAAUAAUAAUGAUAAUAAAAAUACUGAAGCGA